GCGCCGGAGCAGAUGGAGGCGGCGAUCGGCGCGGCGAAUAGGCUCAUUGGCAGCGUGCUGAACCACCUGUCCGAUGAGUUCGUGCAGGCCUACGUUGCCAGCUCCCAGCUCGGACUCAACUCCGAGAAGAUCAAGGAGGAUCUCAUGCUCGCGCAAGGGCUGCUGCAAGUGGCCCAGACGAGGUGUUUGAGCGACAACCUCGGUCUUCAGGGGUUGCUGCAGAAGCUCAACGCCAAGGCCGACGAGGCCGAGGACGCGCUGGAUGAGCUCCACUACUUCAUCAUCCAGGACCAGCUCAACGACACCCACUACGCGGUGCCGGAUCUGGGUGAUGACCUCCGUGGCCAUGCUCGCCACGGUCGUCAUGCUUUUCGCCACACUGUCGGUAACUGUCUUGCAUGCUUUUCUUGUAUGCGCGUGAAAGAUGGUGAUGAUGUUGCUGCUGCUUAUGUCAUUACUGAGAACCCUCCCAAUGCCACUCUAAACCCUGGCAGUGAUGAUAAUGAUGGUCCAGUUGCUAAGUUGCCAUUUGAUAGAGUUGCCAUGUCCAAAAAAAUCAAGUCAGUGAUAGAGGAAAUCCAGUCCCUGUGUGACAGUGUCUUGAGGUUGCUCCCAAUAAUUCCACACCAUAGCACCAUCAGAACAAUCACCCCAAGCCAUCGUGUCACAGGAUCAACCAGUACACAACAAACAUUACAUGGGAGAAGAGCCCUUUUGGAUAAAACCAUAGAUGAUAUGCUCACUACUGCCACAGAUCACCCUGAAACCCUUCCUGUUCUUCCUAUAGUUGGUCCAGGGGGUAUUGGAAAGACAGCUUUCACCCAACACCUCUUUAACGAUAAAAGGCUAGAAGAUCACUUUACUGUUAAGGCUUGGGUAUGUGUAUCAACUGAUUUUGAUGUGGUUAAGCUCAGCCAACAGAUCCUUGGCUCCAUACAAGGAAGCAACACUUCAAAUCAAACAAACAAUUUAGCCGAGCUCCAAAUAUCCAUCACAGAGAAACUCAAGUCAAAAAGGUUUUUAAUUGUGUUUGAUGAUAUAUGGGAAUGCAAUAGUGAGGGAUGGAAAACCCUGUUAGCUCCAUUCAGGAUGGGCGAAGCCAAGGGUAGCAUGGUUCUUGUCACAACUCGAUUUCCAUCUAUAGCUGAAAUAGUUAAAACCACCAACCCAAUAGCACUGCAAGGUCUGGAGUUUGAUGACUUCUUCACAUUUUUUUCAUUAAUAUUUGGGGUCAACAAACCUGAGUAUUGCCAAGGGGACUUGGGUGAUCUUGCAAUUGAUAUUGCAAAAAAAUUGAAGGGUUCACCUCUAGCAGCCAUAACGGUUGGUCGGUUAUUGAGCAAGGACUUCUCUCGGGGACAUUGGAUGGGAGUUUUUCAAAACAACGAGUGGCAAAAAGUGAAAAUUGUUGAUGACAUUAUGCCAUCAUUAAGGAUUAGCUAUGACUACCUUCCUUUUCAUCUAAAGAAAUGUUUUUCAUAUUUUUCCUUGUUCCCUGAAGAUUUUGAAUUUAAGAAGUUAGAUAUGACGUAUUUUUGGAUUGCACUGAGAAUCAUAGAAAAAGAUGAGAAUUAUAUAGAAGAAUUAGUAGAUAAUGGCUUCCUUGUGAAGGUAGUUAAUGAUUCUGAGCAACCAUACUAUGUAAUGCAUGAUUUAUUACAUGAGUUGUCUCUAAGUGUUUCGUCGCAAGAGUGCCUCAACAUAUGUAGGUCAAAUUUUAGAGUUGAUGACAUCCCACAAACUGUUCGACAUGUAUCUCUCACAAUGGAAGAUAGAUUUGAAGGGGGUGUUAGGGAAGAAAUGAUUAAAUUGAGGAGCAAGAUAGACAUUUGCAAUUUGCGAGCUUUGAUGAUUUUUAGAAAAUAUGAUGAAACAACUGAUGGAUUUUUGAAAGAUAUUUUUAAGGAAAUAGAGGGUCUUCGUGUCCUAUAUAUAGUAGCAAAUUCCCAAAAAAAUUUGCCGCUCAACUUUUCAAAACUUAUCCACCUCCGAUACCUAAAAAUUACAGGACCAUAUUUUUCAAACAUUUGGUCAGAACCGACUUUGCCUAGUACACUAUCCAGAUUUUAUCACUUGAAAUUUUUAGACCUUAGAAGCUUUGGUGACUAUAGAAAGUUACCUAAAGACAUUAGCCGCCUUAUAAAUUUACGCCAUCUUUUUGUUGAUAAAGAACUCCAAUCCAAUGUUCCUGGGAUCGGAAAGAUGAAAUGCCUGCAGGAGCUAAAGAAAUUCUGUGUUAAAAAAGAGAGUGUUGGAUAUGAACUGAGAGAGUUGGGGGAACUAACAGAGCUUGGAGGAGAACUCAGCAUACAUAAUCUUGAGAAGGUGGCAACCGAGGAAGAGGCUGCAGAAGCGAAACUUGUGUUUAAAAGAGAUUUGAAAGAGUUGUGGUUAGUUUGGGGUACAGAUCACCAACAUAGCACAGAAUAUGGUGUUCUUGAUGGUCUUCAGCCACACCAUAAUCUUGGAGCACUUGGCAUUAUAAAUCAUGGUGGUAUAAAUGGUCCUACUUGGUUGUGUGGUGACAUUAGCAUCAAACUGUUGGGGUCUCUCUACCUAGAGUGUGUAUCUUGGGGCACCCUACCACUUGGGCAGCUACGGCAUCUCACGUCACUCACAUUGAUUCGGAUUUCUGCACUUCGUGAGAUCAGACCUGGCUUUGGUGGUGUCACAGACAAAAGCUUUGCGUCUCUGAAGCAGAUCGUUCUUGCUAGUUUAUGUGAAUUUGUCGAGUGGGUUGGGGGAGUUAAUACCCAUUGUUUUUCAAGGCUUGAAUCCAUUACUUGCACAAAUUGUCCCAAUCUCUGUGCGGUGCCCUUCCUGGAGUGCUCCGUCUCUUAUCCCAAUCUUCUGCAUUUGUCCAUUGAAGAUUGCCCAAAGUUGUCUCUGCCCCCCAUGCCUCACACGUCCACGCUGAAAUUUUGUCAUGUGGAACUUCCUUCUUCAAAGCUUAAUUAUUCUAGAGGUGAGACGAUGUAUAUUAACCAGUACAGUGGUGAGCUGGCCUUGCAUAAUCUGCGUAAUGUAAAGGAAGCGCAAAUCAGCAAUGUGCCACGCUUUUCACUCAAGGAGCUCAGUAAACAUAAAUCCCUAGCAAGGCUAGAAUUCCACAAAUGCAGCAUCACGUGCCAUGGACUGCAGGAUCUCAUGUGCCUCGAAUCAGUUAAAGUAAUGGAUUGUCCCAACUUCUUUCGGUGGCCCGUCGAAGCAGCUCACACCAUCAGGCCUUUCCCCGCUUCCAUCAAGAUACUUGUGAUCAUAGGAGAGUCAGGCAUGCAGUCAAUGGCUCUGCUCUCCAACCUCACUUGUCUCACUAUUCUAUAUCUGGUGGACUGUGAGAAUUUGACAAUGGAUGGGUUUAAUCCUCUCAUCACAGUCAACCUUGAUACCUUGGGGGUCUAUAACACAGAUAAGUGCCUUGGCCGCUCUAUAUCAGCGGAUCUGUUCUCAGAAUUGGCGGGAGCAAGGACCAACCUAUCAUUGCGUGCAGGCUCCUUCCAAUUGCGAACACUUGAAGUGGAUUGCAUCUCAGCGGUCCUUGUUGCUCCCAUCUGCACCCUCCUCGCCACUACCCUCCAACAUUUACAAUUCAGGGAUGAUCAGCGGGCAGAAAGCUUCACGGGAGAGGAAGAAGGAGCUCUUCAGCUCCUCUCCUCCCUCUGUUUCAUCAGUUUUGAAGAUUGCCCGAAUCUGCCGUCCCUUCCUCAAGGGUUACACAGCCUUCUUUCCCUUGGGCAACUAUGCGUCCAAGGUUGUCCUCAAAUCCGAACUCUGCCCAAGGAGCCCUUCCAGCGUCAAUGAAGUAUCUACUCGUAAAGCGUUGCGGUGCCGAGCUACAAGAGCAGGUCGAGAAAUUAAAGGGAACAAACCCAGAUGUUCGGGUGUUGGGUUGACUAGCACAAGCCGCAUUCCAUCUACGGAGCACACUAGGAUGGAGUAGGAGUACUACAGUAUGCAUGUUUAGCAAUAAAAGCCACAUGGUUAAUUUUGAAGGAAGGCCAACACGACACUGGAGGUUAAUGCAUGCCUAUAUAUUUAAUCCCCGGCAUCGAUCCUUCAGAGUUUCGGUUCCUACUUAGCAGAACCAUUACUGUUAGCCGUCAGUUUUGCUUCUGGAAAUUCAGAACUUGGUUGUUGUAUCCAAACUAUAACAGAUAUGGAAGCAUAUGUUUUGAUGUCCUGAAGGAGUUGUCCAAUUUUGCAUUGACUGUCUCAAAAGACCAAUUACAACCAACAGUGGAUUCAGAAGUGGGCAUUAAUUCAGAGCUCGGUUGUUCCAUCCCUCUGGAUGUCUCGAUGGAGAGCUGAGCGGUUGUGAAAUAAAGUUAGUACAAAGUUGAGACACUUAUUUUGGGACGGAGGGAGUAGUUGAUUACUUCCUGAGCAUCACCAUGCAGUUGUGUGAUUGUGUCUUGUCUUCAGAGUUUCAGCUCUAAUUUUGCCUAGCGAAUUAAAGUAAGAACAGGUUGCAGCCAACGGUUAAUUCAGAAGUCGGUAUUCAGAAGCUAAGUUGGUUGUUUACAUCCAAACAGGAAAAGUAACCUGCAAAGAGCCUCAGUCUUGAUGUCUAAGUCUUUUCAUUGGUUCCUUGGAGUAUCGGCCGAUUCGCUUGUUUGCAUGCGCAUUGGUGGACUUCCUAGUGACUGAGCAGCUUAUGUUUCACGACAUAAUCAAUUUGGGUGCAAGAGCGAUUUCUCCUCUGCUCAGGUUGAUUAUGGUACCACCGACUGCAGAAUUUGAAGAUUUCUUUAUGGUGACAUUCACUUCCAUCUGCCAGAGUUUCGGUACACGUUCAGCAGUGCAGAACAAUCAGUGUGCAGCCAAGAGUGAAUUUACAUGUUGGCAUUCAGAAGUAAAUUACCUGUAGCUGCAGAGAGCCCCGACCGAGAGUCAAUGGCUCUGCUCUCCAACCUCACUUGUCUCACUAUUCUAUAUCUGGUGGACUGUGAGAAUUUGACAAUGGAUGGGUUUAAUCCUCUCAUCACAGUCAACCUUGAUACCUUGGGGGUCUAUAACACAGAUAAGUGCCUUGGCCGCUCUAUAUCAGCGGAUCUGUUCUCAGAAUUGGCGGGAGCAAGGACCAACCUAUCAUUGCGUGCAGGCUCCUUCCAAUUGCGAACACUUGAAGUGGAUUGCAUCUCAGCGGUCCUUGUUGCUCCCAUCUGCACCCUCCUCGCCGCCACCCUCGAGGCUUUAACAUUCAGUCAUGAUCAGCGGGCAGAAAGCCUUACGGGAGAGGAAGAUAGAGCUCUUCAGCUCCUCACCUCCCUCCGCGUCAUAAAAUUUGAGGAUUGCCCGAAUCUGCCGUCCCUUCCUUCUCUUGAGGAAAGGGCCCCUUCCCCACUUCACUGAAGACACUACACGCAAGACGUUGCAGCCCCGAGCAAACCAAGAAAUUAAGGGGAACAAUCCCAGGUGUUGACGUGGAUGAGUAACACAAGGUGGCUUAAUUGCCGGCACAGCUGUUCGUUACAACUGCAUUGUGUACAUAAGUCGUCAAACCUUCUGGCCUACUCUUAUAGAGAUAGAAGACCAUAGAUCAACAUCUGGUCAGGAUUAAUGCAAGUCAUGUUGCAGCUCCACACGUCAGUCAAUCCAUUUGCCGGCCGGUUAAUUGGUAAAGUGCGCCCGGAUGAAAACCCUAGCCCCGGUGGCUAAGCGGCGGCGGCGCCACAGCGUCGUCACCUUCUUGAAGGCGCCGACUUGGGCAUGGGGAUGCUGGGUGUGCAUGGCGUGCUUGUCUGGUUCCUGGUGGCGGCUCGCCUGUUCUACUGCGUCGCAACUCCGGGCAGUGUCUCGGGGCUGCGGUGCUUCUCUUCCGGCCGUGUCUCCGGUGGGGACCUCGCCCUUCCUCGCCUUGUACAUGCCGUGGUGGAGCGGUACUUCAUCUCACUCAUUGAUGGCGGCGAAGAUCGGCGGCAUGGAGCUGCGGAGGCUCGCCGCCCGAUGCGCGGAGAUGGACUCGCGCAGGAGGAGGUUGUUGUCUGGCGUCAUGGUGACGUCGAUGGUAGAGUGGCCAGACAAGGUAGAAGCCUCAAUAUGAUCUGAAGACGGACCUGUGGAAUAUGGCGGCGAUGACACACGAGUGUGUCUGACCGGAUUGUGCCCCAGACCCGGUAUGUGGCUCGGCUGGGGCUUUCGAAUAUGUUUCGGUUUCCGGCUUUUGAUGUUAGGCUUAGGUGAGUGGUU